GUGUGAACAAAGCUGCUCUCAGGGACCCAUGUGCAUCAUCUUCUUUAAGUUUGAUCCUCGCCCUGUUUCCAAAAAUGCUUACAGAAAAGACUGAAACAUCCUCACUUUUGAUGCUGUGGGCAGUGUCAUCCAUGGCUCUGCCGUUGCCAGAUGCUGAUCUCAUAGGAAUGUGUUUUCUGGCUUCCCAGAAGUCAGUCUCUGGAAGACGAGCCUGUCCCUGUCAUGCCCUCCUAGGACUGACCCAGUGAUGUUGCCACUUUGCUGGCCUGUUGUGAAAGAUGUGGCUCCUGAAGCAUCUCUUCUUCUCUUGGGCCUCAUUCAAGCACCAUAUCCUGUUUUCCCACAAGAGAAAGUGUGGCCCAUUGCACAGCAUGUAUCUUGUGAUCUGUCUGCCCAGAUGUAGCAGUUAUAGUCUGUUGCUGAGUGGCACUCAGGGGGCCCGGGAAGGGAGGGGGGAGCCAGCGCAGCACGUGCUCAGGGAGUGAAUGUGAGCAUGGCACCUUCUGCAGAAUAUCUCCAGGCCUGAUACUGGGCUGGGCCCUGGUGUCAUGGAUCCCAUGGUCUACACCUCCCAUCCGCCAUGUCACUGCAUCUCGCUGUUGGGGAUGCCCAUCCCUCCAGAGGUGGCAGCCAUCCCCAUGUCAAUUUCUACUGGUCCCUCCCCUCCAGGCACUUCCCUGGCAUGACCCUCCAAGAGCCCUUGGGCCUUCCUGUCUGUCUUCUUGGUGCUGAGCUGGCCCUGGAAAGGCUCAUCCUGGCGGCCAACAGGGAUGAAUUUUACCACAGACCAUCCAAGUUAGCAGACUUCUGGGGGAACAACAAUGAGGUCCUCAGUGGACUUGACAUGGAGGAAGGCAAGGAAGGAGGCACGUGGCUGGGCAUUAGCACACGGGGGAAGCUGGCCGCGCUCACCAACUACCUGCAACCACGGCAGGACCGGGAUGCCCGGGGCCGAGGUGAACUUGUGACCCACUUUCUGACUACAGACAUGGACAGCUUGUCCUACUUGAAGAAGGUCUCUGCGGAGGGCCACCUGUACAACGGCUUUAACCUCAUAGCAGCUGACCUGAGCACAGAGAAGGGAGAUGUUGUUUGCUACUAUGGAAACCGGGGGGAGCCUGAGCCUGUCAUCCUGGCACCAGGGACCUAUGGACUAAGCAAUGCACUGCUGGAGACACCCUGGAGGAAGCUGUGCUUUGGAAAGCAGCUCUUCCUGGAGGCCGUGGAGCGGAGCCAGGAGCUGCCCAAGGAUGCCCUCAUCGCCCAGCUCCUGCACGUGCUCAACAAUGAUGAGGCGCAGCUGCCAGAUCCAGCUAUUGAGGACCAGGGCAGGGAGUAUGUGCAGCCCUUUCUGAGCAAGUACGCCGCUGUGUGUGUGCGCUGCCCAGGCUAUGGCACCAGAACCAACACAGUCAUCCUCGUGGACGCGGACGGGCAUGUGACCUUCACAGAACGUAGCAUGCUGGACAAGGACCCCUCCUGCUGGGAGACCAGCACCCACGAGUUCAAGCUGCAGAGCUAACCCUUCCCCCUGGAUGUGGCCACUGGGCUCCAGGAAGGCCCUGCCUCAAGGGCUAGUAUGGAUAGGAACUAUCACAUGUACUGCCUGUGACUUGGCCAGAAUCCCCCAGGACCAGGGUCCUCUGGUGUUUGUGUGACCUGUCUGUGUUGUCAUGUCCCGCUCAGGGUCCACCCUCAUGCCAGUGGGAGUGACAAAGUCACAUGGCCAGGUCUGAGGGGGGCUCAGGUGUGCUAUGCAUGUGUGAAGGCACCUGGGCCUACCCCCUGCCCAAGCACAGAGGCACAUACUCAAGGCACAUGUUUCCACGCAUACCUGCAGGUGCAUGGUCACACACACACACGCACAUGCACAUAUGAGCAACAGAGAGGUACACACACACACUCCCAGGCAUACCCACACAUGCGUGCCACACAGGCAGAGGUGUGCCUCUCACAUCCACAUGUGCUUCUGGCUAGUGGGUCUUUGCUUUGACCAAAACAACAGGAGUAGACUGUUGUUUAAGAGUGGCUCCUCUCCUGGGUGUAGUCCACUUCUGGACAACCAGACUUGCUCUUAGAGAGGAGAGGCCCCAUUUGGAAUGAGAAAUGAGAACAACUCCAGAAGAACCUGCUUUCAUAACAGAAGCACCGCCUGGUUGGUUGUCCUUUGUGCUCUGGGGGAUCUCCUAUGUGCAUGGGGUGGUCCUGUGGGGGAGGGGAGCGGUCUUGCAUGCACCAGGGGUUCUGUGUAUGCUGAAACACCUUGCCAGGCUCUCAGGCACCUACUUGCCUGCCCACUGGGGUCAUGGGUCCUGAGCAGGCCCAUCUCAGCGAUGGGACACAGCCAACCCUUUCUAUUUCCCUUCUCCUUGGGGAGUCGGACUUCAUAGGAAUCUGUCCUUGAACAUGAGACCUUGAUAAUAAAACUCUGAGGUGUGGUGAGUC